CAGGGCGGAGCUGGAGGACUGAGGGCGGAGCUGGAGGACUAAGGGCGGGGCUGGAUGGUCAGAGGCGGGGCUGGAGGUCCUCGUGGACAGUGAUGGCGGGGCUGAGCGGUUACUGUAGUGACUGUGGUGCUGUUCUCCCGCCGCCUGGAGCCGCCCCGAGGAUCAUCUGUGGCCGCUGUGGUCACAGCACCGAUAUUAGGGAGUAUGAAGGGAAAAUCAUCCGCUCGACAUUGAACUUCAACAAUCCUGAGGUUUUAGCCGCGGCUCUGAAUAUGAAUCUGGGCAGCGGGGAACUGGGGGGCCCCGUGGUGGACAGGAAGUGCCAGCGCUGUGGACACGAGGGGAUGGAGUAUCACACACGCCAGACGCGAUCAGCAGAUGAAGGACAAACUGUCUUCUAUACAUGCACAAACUGCAGAUACCAGGAAAAAGAGGAUUCCUGACAACAGGGACCAGUGCUCGCUCUCUUUCUUUUUAUUCCCCCUCUCGCCGCUCCCCCCACUCUCUCUUUAUUCCCCCUCUUGCCUCCUCCCCCUCUCUGUCUCUCUGUACACGAGCCGGUCGCCGAGAGCCCUGAACAGAAGCCGUGUGUUUAGAGACGAGAACUAACGAGAAUUCUCUUUAUUAUUGUGAUAAUAAAACGUUGUAAGCACAAGA